AACUACAAUAUCAUUGAAUUGUCUGUCGACUCGUUUUGGACAUGGAUUAUAGCAUUAUUAAGCGUAGAAUUUGUAUACUACUGGUGCCAUAGGGCUGGCCAUGAAGUCAAUCUAUUCUGGGCUAACCAUCAGUACCACCACAGCGGCGAAGACCUCAACUUAUCGGUCGCCUCGAGAUUCACAGCCAUUGAAGCAAAUUAUAUAUUGUUUUAUCUUGGUACAAAUCUAUUGGCAAUUAUAUUGCCACCGCAAGUGCUAUUAAUUCAAACUCAGUUCGCUAUUAUAUAUCAGUACACAAUACACACGACUAUUAUCGGCAAAUACGGACCGUUAGAGCACGUGUUGAUGACCCCUAGUCUCCACCGGGUUCACCAUGGUAGCAAUCCGUACUGUAUUGAUAAGAAUUACGGGGCUAUCCUAUGUGUGUGGGACAGAAAACAGUUUAUAGACAUGAAUGCAAACAGUGAUAGUAAUAGCAGUGGAACUUCUCUUAAGAAGCCGUAUGUCAUGAAUAACGACAUAUUGAUUGACAUCUUCUCUCAUAUGGAGAUCCAUGAGUUGAUACGAUUGGAGAGAGUGUCCAAACAGUUCCAGAUGUGCGCCGACUAUCACUUCCAACGCCUCAAGAAUAUAGCUUUCGGCACAAAAUCUCGGCUUUGGAUCAAUGAAUACCUACCAAACAAACCGGAUCUCCAGAUAUCGAGUCAAACACAAAGAGAUUUCAUUGGAUUUCAAAGAAAUUCCCAAAAAUUCAGUCUAAAGUUCAGAGGCUUUGACACCGAUUUUGACACUUUAUAUGAAACUAUGAUUGCGUUCAAAGCACUCAACAGUUUGUUUCUUAACGGCGCCUAUCGUUUUGAUGAGCGGGAGUCCAUCAAUUUAGGCCUACUUUUGUCGUCAAGAAUUAUGUCACUAUUUGUGGUAAACUUUUCUCAAGACUCGGAAAAUAUGAUUGAAUUGAUCCCAGAGUUGACACAAUUGAAAGCAUUGAGUAUCCGUUUGAACGAAAGUCACAUUAUAUCUAAACUCUUGAGAUGUUUGCCACAAAGUGUGCGAUAUUUGCAUUUAUUCUCAUCGACUCAC